GAUAAUUUUUAUAAGGCGUUAGUGUUUUGUUUUGGCGUCUCCACGAAUUUUUGCGAGAUUUUGCUUUGUGCUGAUAAAAUUAAUUAAACCAAGUUUAUAUAUAAUAUCAGUCAUGGGCAUGGAAGUGGAUACCAAGGAGUCUGUGGUGGAGCUCACCGAGGCGGAAAACGAGCUGUACGACAGGCAGAUUCGACUCUGGGGCCUGGAAUCGCAGAAGCGUCUGCGCACAUCGAAGAUACUCAUCGCUGGACUCAGUGGCCUAGGUGCCGAAAUAACCAAGAACAUCAUUCUCUCCGGAGUUAACUCCGUGAAGCUACUGGAUGACAAGCCCGUCACCGAGGCAGACUUUUGUUCACAGUUCCUAGCGGCACGUGAAUCUCUGGGCAGCAACCGUGCCGAAGCCUCUUUGGCACGUGCACGUGCUCUGAAUCCGAUGGUCGACAUCUCCACCGACACACAGCCGCUGAAGGAGAAGGCCGCCGACUUUUUUGGUCAAUUCGAUGUGGUGGUGGUAAAUGGAGCGUCUAACGAGGAGCUGUUGCGCAUCGAUACCAUUUGCCGGGAGCUGGGUGUUAAGUUCAUUGCCACCGAUGUCUGGGGCACCUUCGGUUUCUAUUUUGCAAGUCUGCAAAAGCACAGCUAUGUCGAGGAUGUAGUCAAGUACAAGAAAGUGGAAAAUUCUGAUAAGAAGACAAAGUUUGAGACCUUCUCGAUUCCUACACAGCGGGAAGUGGACUACCCCGGAUACUCGGCCUGGCUGGAGUUCGACAUCACAGCGCAGAGUUAUCAGCGCAAGCUGAAGCGCAACGGACCGGCCAUUAUCCUGCUGAGUGUACUGCAGAAGUUCCGCACCACCCAUCAGCGCGAUCCCAACUACAAGAGCCGGACGACUGACUUGGAAAUGCUUCGCAAAAUACGCGACGCAAUUUUGCCAAACUCUGCACUUAGCGACGAAACUCUCGGUGUUAUUUUCGCCCAGAUAUCUCCAGCAGUGGCCGUGGUCGGCGGCGUUGUGGCCCAAGAGGUUAUCAAGGUGGUCACAAAAAUGGAAGCACCUCACCGCAACCUCUUUCUGUUUGACCCAGUGACCUGCGCAGGAUCCGUUGAGACUUUCGAAGCCAAGUAACAGAAGAAAUCCAAUAAUAAAUCUAAAGUUACAUUCACUCAUUUCAAAUAA